AGCUUCCAGAUGCUGCUGCUAGUCUGGGAGCGCUUGGGAAGCCUCCACGGGCCCGAGCUCCUUGUGCGCACCACAGCAGGCCUGUUCACCUCCACACGGUCAGCAGGUGCGGCCGGCGAUGGUCGGGGAGGGCGGGGGGCUGCCUGGCCUCAGCCCGUGUCUCCAGAUGGUACCCAGUGUUCCCUAGGACAGUAUCGCCCCCAGCUGAGAACUUCCACUUGGAAGACACUUGGGGUGGGUCUGGGGUCUUCGGCUCACCUUUUCUCUUUGAGCAAACUUGGCCGACCUCGCUCAGGCCACCAGCCAGCACGGGACAUCAUGGAUGGGCGGCGUAGACAGCACCCUUAGUCUCAUGGGGUCCUGGCUGCUUUAGGUGUUGGGGGUUUGGGGGCGGAGAUCAAUUUCUCUCCUUCAAGGUCACCCAUCCCAUCGUGGGGCCCACCCCACGGCCUCACUGCCCCUCAUCGCCUCCCAGAGGCCCCGAGUCCAGACACCAGCCCCUGGCAGGUAGGAACGGUUGGCCACACGCAUUCCGUCUGUAACAGUGGCUCCUGAUGGAAAGUGUUGUUCGGAGUCUGAUGAAAAUACAGCUUCCCCCGCAGCUAGCUGUCUUGUGCAGGGAGUUGUCCGUGUCCCAAGUGCACUGGUAGACGGUGAGUCCCCCGUGGGCAGCUGUGCCUUCGUGUGCGCCCGUUCCCUGCGCCGUGUCAUUGUCUUCAGGUCACCUGCUGCUUUCGCUAAAAUGCCUUCUCUUCCCUUCUUAAAAAACUUCGUCUUUUCAAAUUGGCGGAUAAUUUCCAGGCAGAUGUCAAGUGUGCCGUUAGCUGAGUCUUGACAGAUGCGAGCACCCUGUGCUUCAACCCCCAGCCCGGAACAUUCUGUCCUCCCGGUGUCCCUGCCGCCCCCCUCCUGAGAGGGAUUGAUUUCGGCGAAGGAAGUCUAAAGCAAAGCCCAACGGAAAGAAGCCCGCCGCGGAGGAGAAGAAGAUGUACCUGGAGCCAGAGUACGCCCGGUCCAGGAUCACCGACGUCGGCUUCAAGGAGCUGGUGGUGCUGCCCCGCGAGAUCGACCUCAACGAGUGGCUGGCCAGCAACACCACCACGUUUUUCCACCACGUCAACCUCCAGUACAGCACCAUCUCAGAGUUCUGCACAGGAGAGGCGUGCCAGACGAUGGCCGUGUGCAACACACAGUACUACUGGUACGACGAGCGAGGGAAGAAGGUCAAGUGCACCGCUCCCCAGUACGUCGACUUUGUCAUGAGCUCCGUGCAGAAGCUGGUGACGGACGAGGACGUGUUCCCCACGAAGUACGGCAGAGAAUUCCCCAGCUCGUUCGAGGCUCUGGUGAAGAAGAUCUGCAAGUACCUGUUCCACGUGCUGGCGCACAUCUACUGGUCCCACUUCAAGGAGACGCUGGCCCUCGAGCUGCACGGACACUUGAACACGCUCUACGCCCACUUCAUCCUCUUCGCCAGGGAGUUCAACUUGCUCGACCCCAAAGAGACCGCCGUCAUGGACGACCUCACGGAGGUGCUGUGCAGCGGCGGGGGCCGCGGCGGGGGCGGGGGGGCCGGGGCCAGCGGCGGGGGCGCUGGGGCACAGAACCACGGGAAGGAGAGGUGAGCCCCCGGCUGGACAGGCGCGCACGUGUGCAGAGAGACGGAGGUGCGUGUGCUGCGUGUGUGCGUACGCACUGGGUGCGCUCGGCGGGAGGCCUGAGAGGUCGUCGCGCCCCCCAACCCGGCCUGGGCGUGCCGAGAGCGGGCUCCCCAGAUGCUGGCAGGCUGCACGUCGGACUGGCUCCCCGCCGGGGUUUUCCUGUUGGACGGAUGAGUGCCGCUUGUCAAGAAGGACCUUUGGAUUUCAUUCAUUCGCUCAACAAACAUUUAUGGGACUGCUGGUCUGAGUUUCCUUCUCCUGCGCGGCUUUCUUUUCCUUGGUCUUCCGUGUGGCCCCCGCCCUGCCUCCCCGCCCCGCUCCUGCCCCGGGGACUCUGCUGUUUUGAGAGAAAUACGCCAGUGAGAGCUGGGGCCCCUUCCCAGGAGGGACUUGGGUUCCGUCUGGUUGGUUUCCAGGGUGGAGCUGUUUCAGAGGUUCCUCCCCAGCCCCCCUCAGACCUCCUCUCUCCUGGCCUUGCUUGGAUCCUGGCUGGCGGCGGCUCUGAGCGGGUGGAGAGAGUGGCCAGGGGUGCCCCUAGCGGCCCUGACCCUGUGGCCCGUGUUCCCCUCUCUCCUGGCCCGCUGCUCACGAGGGCCCCUGGACUAGCUGGGCCUAGGACCGAGGUGCCUGGGCGGGUGGCCUGUGUGGAGACGCGGCUGUUGGUGGGAGGCUGGGUGUCCCUGCUCGGCGCACCUGUCCGGGCGUAAUAAAAAGAAUUCUCUCAGGUUA